AUGGUGGUAGCAAAGUGGUUCCAGGCCCCUUCGGGCACUGUAUUUCUCUGGGUCCUUUGUUGGUCUUUUUCUGCAGUUUGGGGUGUCCCCAGUAGUUUUAAAGAUAUAUCAAGUUGGUGGAGCCACAGGUUAGUGUACUGUGGCAGCGAAAGCUUACAGUUUACCUUACCUGCAAACCACACAGAUAUUAUUCCUUUGCUUACUGUUCAAGAUUCAGAAGGUCGGUUCCGUUCUCUCAUCAAUUCUGCUUGCGUCUCUGUCUCUUGGGAACAAGAAGGCUCUGCGAUUUUUACUGUUCCUUAUGUGGGAUGUUUUGUCUCUAAAAAGAGAAACAAUUUCCUAAUGACUCUAAGGAUUGAAAUACAAGAUGAAUCUGGCAGAGUUCUCCUCCAUGAAAUGGACCUGAAAUGUCCCAUCUAUUUGCCAGGUGUUCCAAGGAACAUUUUUUGCCUGGGAGUCCAAAGACAAGACAGACUAUCUUGUGCCUCUCCACCUGUAUCUCAGGAAGAAUGCGAAGAAAGAGGUUGCUGUUAUACCCCAGAAGAUCCUCAUGUCCCUUGUUACUAUGGCAAUACAGUGACUGCACAGUGCCUGCCAGAUGGAUACUUCUCCAUUGCAAUAUCUAAGAAUGUGACUGUCCCAUCACUAAUUCUGGACUCGGUGCAUCUGGCCAGUGGACAUGGUAGGGGUUGUGUUCCAGUGGGAAAGAACAAUGCCUUUAUUCUCUACAAGUUUCCACUCUCUGCUUGUGGAACUACUUUCCAGGGAGCUGAAGAUCAAGGCAUAUAUACCAAUGAACUGGUAGCAUACCAUGAUGUCCAAAACUGGAACACAGGAUCCAUCAUACGAGACAGCACUUUCAGAUUGUAUGUCAGCUGCAGGUACUCAGCAGGUGGCUUUCUCCCUCUUACAGCUCAAGUCUUCACCUUGCCACCUCCACCUUCAGUCAUUCGGUAUGGUCCACUGAAUUUAGAGUUAAGAGUUGCCACUGAUGGACACUACUAUGAAUACUAUGCUGCUAGGGAUUAUCCUGUAGUCAAGCUCCUAAAGGAUCCUGUGUUUCUAGAAGUUCGGGUCCUGCAACGAACAGACCCAAACCUUGUGUUGGUUCUUCAUGAAUGCUGGGCUACACCAAGCACCAAUCCUUUGCAGCAGCCACAGUGGCCUAUUUUGGUGAAAAGCUGUCCAUAUGGGGGUGACAACUACCGGACACAGUUUGUCUUCACUGGGACAGAUUCGGACUUACAAAUUCCCUCUCAUUAUAAACGCUUUGUUGUUAGCACUUUCACCUUUGUGGACUCUGAUUCUCAACAGGCACUUACUGGACCGGUUUAUUUCCACUGUAGCGCUGCUGCCUGCAUUCCAUCAGCAACUGAAUCUUGUAUGAUUCACUGUCCCAGGAUCAGAGCCAAGAGAACACCUGAGAAUCAGUUCCUAGAGCAUAUUCCAAGGAGUCUAGUGAUAGCAGAGGGACCUGUAGACUUCCAGAUGAGUAAAGCACAAAACAACAUUGAGCAGAAGGGUUCCCACUGGAUUAGUCCUAUCAUCUCAAAAGAACGGGAGUGGAUACUUGUAGUUGCAGUAGGGGCUCUCUGUGUUGCAUUGGUGCUUGUAGGACUAAGAAAAUAUUGGAAAAGGCCAUCAUGUAAACAGGCACAUUCUCUUUGAUAAAGAGUCAGAACCAAGAAAUGUGCUUGUCAUGUAGCCCCAAUAGAAAAAUCUAUUUGUAAAAUUCAUAUCUUGCCUUUAUCAUAAACUGUUCAUCAGUGUGAAUUUGAAAAUCAGUAAAUAAAAAAAAAGUAGUGUGACAAAUUUGUCCC